AUGCCCCUAAAUUUGUCGCAGGAUACCCGCUCGUGGGAGUUCUGCCAUGAGAGUAUGACUGCCUCGCCCACUGGGAACUACAGCUACUAUCUUGGCCGAGAUUGCGUCGUGGGCCUGUCUGGUCCCCAGGGGCGCAAGACCUUUUUUGAGAGCCGGGAUCUCGAUCUGGACCAAGGGGUCGGCCUGUUUUUUCCUAUUAGCAGCGCGGUGGAGCGAGCCUCGGAUCAAUCCGCCGAAACGCAUGGCUCGCAUCUCAAGACUGCACUGCGCACGGCCUUGCUGCGCACAGAGGCCCUGGAAUCUGUGCCGACAGCCACACUCGCCUGUACCAACUCAAUCUGGAAGCACAUUGCGGCGCAAGAUCUGAUCGACCCUUUCCAGGAGCUAAGCUGGCUAUAUGCGCAGUCUUCCCUAGCAGCGCUAGGGAUGGAAAAGGUGGCACAAUCCCCCGGGUUAUUGAGGAAGGUCGUGAUGGUGGUCCAGUUUGUAGCUCAAGCGACUGCCCCGGCGAUCACCUCAUGGUUACUGAUGGGACUUGCAACCGAUGCCCAUUGGAUGGCUCGCGUACGCCUGGAAGUUGACCAGGUGCUAAUCAAGUAUCGAAAGAAAGGGCAGUCCGUGGAGCAAGUACUCCAAACCCUGGAUUUACAUGUCUGGGAGCAUGAGUUUCCGCUCCUCGACGCCUGUUUUCUGGAAACUAUCCGAACUCGGGGGGUGCUGUUGCCAGUCCGUAAAAAUAUCAGCCAGACAGACACUCCGAUUGGGGAUACAGGCGAGGUGAUACCGGUAGGAGCCUAUGUCACUUACCACGCGGACGAGGAGCAUAUGAACCCGGAGAUCUACCCCGAUCCGCAACGCUGGGAUCUGGGGCGCUUCCUGUCGGAUCGCGCAGAACAUAGGAAAGAACUCAUGGGGUAUAUAGGCUUUGGAGUGGGGCGUCGGGCAUGCCGUAAGUUGAUGUCCCCGAGAAAUGGUCCAUCUUCUAACACAGGAAUGCAUGUUUACAGCGGGACAAAGAUUGGCGAAAAUCCAAAAUUCCAUGUUCGUGGCGAGGUUUAUCGCGAUGUUUGA